AUGCAACUUGUCAGAUGGGUGUAUUCCAACGAGUCAUCCCCGUUCCAGAGCCUGGAGCACCCAACCUAUGUCCCAACCUCAUCCGCAGAGCUUCUCCACAACUACACGUGCGGCGUUGUCUUCACCGACACCGUCAAGGCAGGCCCCGUCGUAGCGCACAAGCAGGCCGUCCAGGCUGCUACUGUCAUCCCAUUCGAGUUCUCCUCUGACGACAUUCUUGGUCUUGCGUUCAGCGCCAUCAACACCGUCGAGCCCAAGAAGCAAAAGACCUUCUUCGAUACUGUUCUUCCGACUCUGAAGAAGAAGGAUUUUGGAUACAUCGACGACUCCAAGUUCAAGGGGAAAAUCGCCUACACUCCCGUCGUCAGCAAAAGUCACUGGUCGAUGAACGUAAGCUCCUACGCCGUGAGCAAAGUCUCAUUCGUCAACAGCAAGAAACAUGUGGGCGAGGUCAUCGUCGACUCAGGCACCGCCCUUGUAUACCUCCCCGAUGGUGUUGUCAACGACUACUACAGCCAUGUCAAAGGUUAUAAAUUCGAACAAGGAGGCUCACACACGUUUCCAUGCAAUAGCACUAUUCCCGACUUCCAUUUCAAGAUCGACAGCACAAUACUCUCUGUUCUGGGACGAGAUGUCAACUAUACUGUAUAUGACCCGGCUAAUCGCAUCUGUGUUGGAGCGAUUGCAACUCAGCUAAACAACAAAUACUCGGAGGACGCUACCCCGAAGCUUGGCUUUGCCUCGCAUUGA